GAUUAGAGUCUUCUAAACUGUGCUCCAGCAGCACUGACGGUCCGUGUGGCUUCUCCUCACUCAGAGAUGAUCCUCUCAUUGAUCAUAACAGUCACUGUUUUCAUUUGAACGCGCUGCGUAAAAAGGGGGGUGCGUGCGUGCGUGCGUGCUGCUGCUGCUGCUGCUCCACGGACAUCUUGGGCCGAUCGUGUUUUCUCUGCGGGAAACUUUACACGCACUUGUUACAAUAAAGCCAUAAAGUUCAGCGGCAAAAGGAAAAAAAACAACAACAACAACAGACAGUUAUGUCAACACGGUAACGGGACGCUGGUGACGUUUUCCGCGGCGUGGGAUCAAAACAGUCUUCAGUGGAUCAGUGGAGGUUCCCCAGUCCUGUGUGGGAUGUUAACGGACUGGUGGUGCAUUGAGGCUGAAGGAGCAUGGUGAAGCACCAACCCUUACAGGUCUACGAGAAGCAGGUCUUUGUCUCCUUUGUCACCGGGAUCUAUGGUUGCCGCUGGAAACGCUACCAGCGUUCCCAAGACGACAGCUCCAAGUGGGAGUGUGCAUGGUUCACCAUCUUGUGCACGUCUUUCCUUCUGCUUCUCUUCUGGGCGUACUUCUGGUUGGUGGCUCAGAAUGACUUCAACGAGUUCAACUGGUCAGUAUACAACCGCUCAGGAGAGUGGAGGGAUGAGACCAUCCCCAUCCUCGCAUCCACCACAGUGGGAUUCAGCUACAUCACAUUUUUACUGAUUUUAGCUCUUUUCCACAUUUCCUUAGGCCAGCAGUUGAACCUCUACUGGGUUCACAAGAUUGGAGUGUUGGGUACACUGCUCACCACUAUCUCUGGUGUGGUCUCUGUUGAUGACAUAUGGGGAGAUGAGUGGGACAUCCUGCUUGUGUCACUGCAGUCCACAGCACCAUUCCUGCACAUUGGUGCCUUGGUAACAGUCACAGCUAUCAGCUGGUUGGUGGCUGGAUAUGUGGUCCGCAGAGAGAGAUCCAAUUUCCAGGUGAUGGUGCUGCUGAUCUACGUCCUCAUCCUCCUGGCGGUCUAUUUAGCGCCGCUCACAUUAACCUGCCCCUGCAUCAUGGACCGCCACGGCCUCAGACCUCGACCAGACGUCAUUGGUCGACGGGGAGCUCCUGUGCUGGCUCCAGAAAACACCUUGGUGUCCUUCAACAGAGCCCUGCAGCAUGGAGCCAGCUCCCUGGAGGCUGACGUCACCAUCAGUGUGGACGGGGUUCCAUUCCUCAUGCGAGACCGCACACUGAGGAGGACCACAGACGUCAGGAAGGUCUUUCCAGCCAGACAGUUUUAUGAUGCUUCAUUCUUCAACUGGACAGAUAUUCGGUCUCUAAAUGCAGGCCAGUGGUUUUUGGAGAGUGACCCCUACUGGACAGUAGGAGCCCUGUCAGCGAGGGACCGCAGCAGAAUAGGCAACCAGACAGUUUGCACCCUGGUGGAGAUGCUGCGUCUGGCGGCGAGAGCUAACAGCUCGGCACUGCUCAACAUCCACAAGCCGCCGCCGGAGCACCCGCGCUCCCGCAGCUGGUUCAUGGACACGCUGUGGGCUGUGCAGAAGGCAGGCAUUUCCCAGAAGCGGGUGAGGACUGUGACGUGGACCCCCGACUCCGACAGGGGGCGAGUACGAGGGCUUCAACAGGCCGCGACUGAGAAGCUGUCGCUGGCGGAGAUGAGGCAGAGAGGAAUUACGAGCCUGACCCUCCACUAUAGCAAGGCCAGCCACAAAGACAUACAAGAAUAUCUGGCCAAUAAUGUGAGUGUGAGCGUCUACCCGGUGAAUGAGCCCUGGCUCUACUCCCUCCUGUGGUGCAGUGGGGUGCCUUCUGUGUCCUCCGAUGCCCCUCAAGUCCUCCGAAAGGUGCCUUAUCCCAUCUGGCUCAUGAGCCAGAACGCUUACAACUUCAUCUGGAUCUCUUCAGAUCUGGUCUCUCUCGCCAUAGUCAUCGGGAUUUUCAGUUUCCAGAACCUUCAUAUGAUCAGGUGGAGAAUGAGCGGGAUGCAGAACUACAACCCAGAACAUAUCAUGCUGAGCGCUGUGGUGCCGCGGUCCAGUAGGGACGUCAACAUCAUGAAGGAGAAGCUCAUAUUCUCAGAACUUGACAACGGGCUCAGCAGCACAGAGGAACUUUCUCUAUAUCCGGAAAAUGGCUACGCGAGAUACUCUCACGGAGGCCUCGGUCGCUGACGUAAAAUGAGGAAAAAUAAUAACAAGACACAUCCAGGCAACUUUUUCCUGGAAGUGGAGACAACAUAACAAAUCAUUUUACAUGGACUGGUCAGUAUUUCAAUUCCACUUGUACAAGAGUAUUUCAGCUUUUUUAUUAGUACAAUCUAACACCUUCUUGUUAUACACUGAAUUGAAUGGGUACAUGGUAGAGCAGUGGUUAGCAUUGUUGCCUCACAGUUAGAAGGUCACUGGUUUGGAUCCCAGCAUGUUCUUCCCACAAGUUCUCUGCAGGUGCUCCGGUUUCCUCCCGCCCAUCCUAAGAGAACUCCUUAUUUAUGAAUGUUCAUCAUUGGUUCCACUGAUGUGUGUAAUGAUUGGGUCCAUGAAGAAGAACUUGUGUUCAGUCCAUUUGCUUAACCGACCUUCUCAAAGGUUCUGUCGAUUGAUUAAAGCUUCACCGUCACGUUUUCUUCCACGUCAGUGACUUUGCUGUUGUUUUAUAACAGAUGUAACGAGCUGUGUCGAGUCUGUAACGUACACCGAUGUAAAUACGACUCAUUCUCAUGUUUUUCUUUUUCCCCUCUGAGAGGAUUUCCAAUGGUUUGGACCAAUUUGCAUUUCUAAUUAUUAGUAUUAUUAUAUAUAUACAUAAAUAUAUAUAUAUAUAUAUCACUGAUGUCCUAUUUUAAGGGCGAUUUGGGCAUUAGGGGUAUUUUCAGAAGGGGUCAUCAAAGUACAAACGAUGUUCUGUCUGCCAUGGCUCAACUACUGCAUAGUCCUAUUAGUGACAUGUUUCACACGGCUGCCUUUUUGUUUAAUGGAGUGAUUGGUAGAAUAUUGUAGAUUAUUAUUAUUAUUAUUAUUAUAUUUUGCAUUUUGAAGUUGAAUAAUUCAGACUACUAGACGAUGUGUCAAAAUGUUCAAUAAAACUCGAGAAUUAUGAA